AUGGCUUCCCACGGCAGCCUCACCGUCUCCACCGCCGCCGCCUCCCCCAAAGGCGGCAGCGACUGCGGCAAGACGGCGGCCGGCGGCGGCGGCGGAGGACAGUGCUUGUGCUCCCCUACGACGCACCAGGGAUCCUUCAGGUGCAGGUUUCACCGCGCACCGUCGUCGGGCUGGAGCAAGAUGAUGAAGAGAUCUUAUUCCAUGCCUGCUAAUGGUUCUUCUGAUAAUAAUAAUAAUAAUAACUCAUCUUCUCCUUCUUCUUCUGCAGCUGUUGAAUCCACUUGA